UCCUCCACCCGCUCCUCCCAUCCCUCCACCAAGGAGCCCUUCGUCGCUCUCGCAAUCCCCUCCGUCUCCCUCACCCCCGACGCAAUCCACUACGGCAACGCUCAGAGCAGCUCCACCCGCUCCUUUACCCCUCUCAAGGCCGUCGGCGACGGUUCCUUCGGCACCGUCUGGCUCUGCGAUUGGCAUGGGCCGUUACCGCCCAAUACAUCCGUCCCCGCAAUGCAGUCGGGUCAAGGCGCGAGGCCCGAAUACGCAUCCAAGCGCCUCGUCGCCGUCAAGAGGAUGAAAAAGAAAUGGGAGGGCGGCUGGGAUGAAUGCAAAAAGCUCAAGGAGCUUGAGGCAUUGCGAGCGAUACCCAUGCAUCCAAACAUCAUCCCCCUCUAUGACUCCUUUCUCCUCCCCCAUACCAAGGAGCUCUACUUCGUCUUCGAGCCCAUGGAAGGUCACCUCUUCCAACUCAUCAAGGCCCGCAGGGGCCGUCCCCUCGCCGGCGGUCUCGUCUCCUCCAUUUUCCGCCAGAUCGUCUCCGGCCUCCACCACAUACACGUCUCCGGCUACUUUCACCGCGACAUGAAGCCCGAGAACGUCCUCGUCACCACCACCGGCCUCUUCGAUUACCCGAACAUAUCCCCCACCGCGCCCCCCGACGCCCCGCCCGAGAAGGACGUCGUGGUCAUCAUCAAGCUCGCGGACUUUGGCCUCGCCCGCGAGACAAAGAGCCGCCCGCCCUACACAGAGUACGUCUCCACACGUUGGUAUCGCGCCCCCGAGGUCCUCCUCAAGAGCAGGGACUACUCCAAUCCCGUCGACAUGUGGGCCCUCGGCACCAUCAUGGCCGAGCUCGUCAACCUCCGCCCGCUCUUCCCCGGCAAGGGCGAGGUCGACCAGGUCGCCAAGAUCACAGAGAUCCUCGGCGACCCCAGCGACGAGUACGGCAAGGACGCGCGCGGAAAGGCCAUCGGCGGCGGCAAGUGGAGCAAGGGCAUCAAGAUGGCGAAGAACGUCGGCCUCACGUUCAAAAAGAUCACCCCCGUGGACUUUUACUCGCUCUUUGACCGCAGCAUUCCCGUCAAGCUCGUCGAGUGCAUCGCGGACCUGCUCAAGUACGAUCCCAACGAACGCCUGACCAGCCAACAGUGCCUCGAGCACCCGUACCUCCUCGAGACCACCGCGCGAAUCAACGCCCCGCCGCCGCCCCUCACCGUCUCGACGUCCGCCCCCCUGCUCAACGGUCACCAGCAGAACGGCGCGCCCUCCAUCGCCUCUGUGUCCCCACGCACCCUCCCCCCUUCGCAUCCCCAUCCGCCCCCCGCCCUCGCCCAGAUUCCCGACGCGUCUGCGUCCCACCGGCAAUCCUUCUAUCCCGUCUCCCCCGGCCACACAAAUUCGGAGUACGGCAGCGAUGUCGAGUACAUGGUCGACGGACACCCGAUGGACAUUCAGCGUUCGCCGAUGGCGCAAGAGUACCCCUCGCGUCCGCCAUUGGAACAAGACCUCCUCCAAGAGGCGACGAACGGCGCCACGCACGAGAUGCUGCCGUCGGGGAACAAGUUUGGCAAGCUCGGCUCGCUCGGGUUCCGCAAGCAGCACAAGUGGGCGGGACUCGGCGGCAUGUUCGGCCAUGGCGACAAGAGCCAGCAGAACGUGCUCCCGCCCGUGGAGGAGAUGCACGUCACGUCGUCGAGCUCUACGCCGUCUCUCAAGCGCACGCAGUCGUCGAGCACGGACAGCCGCUCGCUGCCGGAGCAACCGCCGGUCGUCAUCGACCCGCCGCUCAAGGACGCGAAGAAGAUCAAGAAGGAGGCAGAGCGGAUGGCGAAGGAGGCGGAGCUUCAGCGGCGCGCGAUGCUGCUCAAGUCGCAGCGCGACCAGGCGCGCGCUGUCAUGGAGAAGCGGAACCAGGUCCUCACGCAGUCGCACACGCGCGGCGAGCUCGAAUGGAAGUGGAACCACUCGGGCGCGCUCGCGGGCCAGGACCCCCACCCGCCAGACCUGCGCGCCAAGGGCUCGACGACGAUGGCCAACGGCGGCGGCGGGCCGAUCCGGCAGGUGCAGGGCGCGUACGCGCCGGGGCCGUACGACUGGCGGCGGGACGAGCGCAUGCACAAGGCGCGGCGGCGCGAGCACGACGACGACCACUCGAUGUCGUCCUCGGACGUGCAGAGCAUCGGGCCCAUGUCGACCAUCUCCUUCGCGACCGUCGACAGCGACCCGGGCCCGUCGCGGCUGCACCACCGGCCGAGCAUGUUCGGGGGCAUCAGCCGCAUGACGUCGUCCUCGUCGCUGCGGCACCUCGACGACUUUCCGACGUCGGCGCGCUCGUCCAACUCGCUGUCGUUCGAGCAGCAGUUUGUCAACGACUUUCACGUGCGCGCGUCCGUCGACUCGUCGAAUUCGAUGUCCUCCGAGUUCGGCUCGCCCCCGCCCAUGCACGCGCUCACCCUUUCGCCGUCGCGCUCGUGGCAGACGGUGCACCCGCGGCAGGAGGAGAUCCCCGAUGUCGCGAUGGAGCAGCCGCAGCCAUCACGCCUCGCUAUCCCGCAGCAGCACCAUCCACAGCAGCAGCAGCAGCAGAUCCCGUUUGGCGGGAAUUUGCGCUCCCUCUCCGUGAGCCCGGGCAUGGACGCCCCAAAGUCGGCCAUCAAUCCGAUCUUCAAAGUGCCGUCUUUCCCAUCGCUCAAGCCCGGCCGAGAUCCACCACCGGUGUCCACGACGCCGUCGUUGCCACCCUUUGCGCAGAUCGAGGCCAUCGCCGAUCGGGAUUGUCCCCCGCUUUCGCCCAUGUCGUUCACCACCCCG